AUGAAAUGGAAGAAUGCAGGUUCGAGUUUGAAAAUGCGGCUGUUGUGGCUGGUGUUGAUGGCGGCGCUGAUCUGUUGUGUCGCCGCAACGCCGGGCCUCUUCUCUUCGCUUUUUGGCAGGAACAAUCCGAGCUCGACGGCAGCUCCCAGACUUUUUGGUUCCAACUCUCGGUGCUCCGCGAGCAACAACCAGUGUGCCUACGAGUGCUGCAACUCCGGUCAGACCUGUCUGCGAAACAGAUGCUUCCCGCGUAUUGCUGUCAGUUUCAUUUUUUCUCCAGAGAAUAGAACUUUCAACGCGUGUGAUUGUUAACCUUGUAGAACUGUCCCGUGACCCGAGAUCAGUGUGCGAACACCUGCUGCAGGGCUUCCGAAAUCUGUCGAAAUGGCGUCUGCUCUAGAUAA